AUGACCAUGAGGGGGCGCACCUGGACAGAGGUCGGGUUAACCACUGUGCUGCUGCUUAGUGAGAUGGUCAUCAGUCAGCUGGGCAGGUCCUCCAUCAUUUUACUCGACGCCUUCCACACGUUGUUCAUGCUUCUAAGCACAUUUUAUGUGCCAAUAUUAAAUACUUUUGAUUCUGUCAAACCCCGGGAGCAACCCACUCCUUCUCCACCCCCCGAGGCCUGUGUGGACUACAGGGCAAUGAGAGCACAUCCCGUGGGCGUGCUCAUCUCUAAUCUACUUUUGCUCAGUUUAAAUACCAUAUACAUAACUGAAAUUUGCAGUUUUGUGUUGGAACCAGCAGUAGUACGGCGCCCCCUGCUGCUUGUGGCCACUGGUACAGUGAGUCUGACUUUGAAGGUGUUCCUGCUUGGACUCCAUUGGCAUCAUGAGCUGAAAAGAAGCUCUCACACUGAGAUCAACCACAACGCUACAGCUAUGUUUGAAGAAGAAAAGACCCUGGCUGAGCAGGGUGGAGUGUUCACCAACAACAAACUCAAAGGAUGUAGCUCACUGCUCAGUCCAGCUCUGACCAUCAGUAACCCAAAUACCCUCCAUUCUGAAGACGUGACCGAAAAUCAUACCAAUGGAACCUGUGACAGCAAAACUCCAAAUGAUGUUCAACAACCACCACCAGAAACCAAGGCGCUUCCACAGAGCCUGUUGUCCCCAUGGCUGCACAUGAGCGAGACUCUCCUUACUCCUGUUCUAGUUCUGGUGAAUGGCCUGGUUGCACUGAGCAUGGGCUCCAUGUGUCUGCACAACUCUAAACUGUGUGGCCUUCUGGUUUACUUGGAUCCUAUGCUUUCAUUGUUAGCUGUUGUUUUACUAAUUGCAAAAACAAUAGCACUGGUUUUCAGACUUGGACGAGUGCUCCUACAGUGCGCUCCUCUUCAUCCUUCUGUCGAUGAAGUUGAACAGAAGAUCAGGGCUGUCCCAGGAGUAGAGGCAGUGCAUGAACUCCAUGUUUGGACCCUCACAGAGUCCUUUACAGUGGCCUCAGUCCAUGUGCAAUGCUGCGCCUCUCUACAAAGCAGGUGUGCCAAUAUAAUGUUGGAGGUCACCAAAGUGCUCCAGAGUGUGGGAGUGGCCUGCAGCACUAUUCAGCCUGAGUUUACAGACCAAGGGACCCCCCAUUGCAGCCUGACAUGUGGAGAGGCCUGUGCUGGUCGCAUGUGCUGCUCUCUUCUGGAAGAACAACACAAAAUGAAGAGUGCAAGAACAAAAGAAGAGCCCUGACAAGAUCAGAAACACAGUCCACAUCCAAACACUGCUACUCUCGUAAUGUGUUGAACAAUCAUGAAAAUAUCCUGGAUGACAAAACAAAGUUAAAUGUGCUUUUUAUUUGUGCAGCCUCCUAAUAAGAAGAGGUUUAUUAACUAUUGAACUAUUAGACUAAGGGAACAUUUUUGUUAAUAUAUCUUCUGAUUAUAGUUAUCAGAUUACCCCCAAUUGUCUGUAUAAGUAAUUUCAUAGAGGGGAUGAAGGUAAAUAUUAUUGAUUGAGACUAAGGAGAUUGAGACUUUGUAAAGAUUAAUGUUUUAAAUUCACAUAUUGAUGAGACCCAUGAAAAGGGGCAUAUAUUCUCAAUAGUUAAAUUUGUGCUCGCAUUCACUAUUGCAUUUGUCCAGUAGGCUAUAACAACAUACAGCUCAAUGUAGGCGUGUCAGUAGGCAAAUGUCCUUUAGUCAGGGAUCAUCCAUGAACUAAUGAGUGGUUGGUUGAAUGAGGAAGUAUAGGCUAAUUUGUACAUUCCCCUAAUGAAUAAAUGAAAGGACAAAAACGUA